AUGACAGAGGCUGCCAGUGGCUACUGCGGGCACUGCUUCUGCAUCGGCUGCUUCGGCUGCUCCCUGAGCUCUUCCUUUCGCUGCCCAACCUGCCGAGAGCCAGUGGUUGACUUGGUUCGGCAGUUCACUGUGGAGCAGAUAGCUGCACACAUUCCUCUGCUCAAGGAUGUGGCACUGCAAGUCGGGGUGACCCUGGCGCAGAAGGAGUUGGAGUUGGACUCAAGCAGGCGUGGCUUGUCCGAGCUGGAGAUGUACAAAGCUAAGGCGCAGCGCCUUGAAGCAGAGCUCCAAGCAGCCAGUCUUCGCUUUGCUAACCUGCGCGAGCAGUGUGAGGCUGUGGCAGCGCUUCAAAAGCAGACCGAGGAGGACGUGGAGGAGUUGCAGAAGCAGAACCUCCAGCUGCACGAAGAGCUGCGCCUACUGCGCCAAGAGGCCAGGGAGUCCGAGGAGGCCCUGCAGAGAGCAAAGCUGCUUGAGAAUGCCGUUGUCAACAUGAUGGAGGAUUCGCACAGCAUGCUCAAUGUGGUGAUAGGCACUGGCUGGCAGGAGCUCUGCGAGCCAAUGUCAGAGAAUCAGGUGUGGCAGAAGCUUGGCUUGCACGCGGCACAGCACAGCACCUGCUCAAUUGCUGAAUUUGGAGUGGUUCGCGAGUAUCUGCAAGAUCUGGGCCAGGAGUGCAUGGGCAACAUGUCCCUUGGCAUCUCGCAAGACAUGCGGUUCAAACUCGAGUACUACGGCUCUAACCAGCACGUCUUCAAUGAAAUCGAGAUUGAAGGCUGCGUGCAGGUGGAGGGCCGCCAACUCACAUUUCUGGGAGUGCGCUCAGCCUCCUCGCGCCGCUACGACGGGGAAGGUCCAGAGGUACCAUCCGAUGAGCACCUGGCGCUACCUCCUUUGAAAGGUCUUCUGUGCAGCCGCGGCGACAGCACUUGGAUCGUGCUCUUCGAAUUCAGCGCGUGCGCUCAGAUCAGUAUCUUCAACGCAGCAGACAUCAUCCUGCUCAAAGAUCCAGUGAAGCAUUUCACCGGGUACCAAAGACUGGCCUGGUGA